AUGGUAAACCUUGGUUUGGCAUAUGAGCAUCACAACAACCGGAGGCCGAAUGAAUGUUUUGAUGUGAGGCUGUGCAAGUGUCUAUGUGAGGAUGUGAGGCUGUGCAAGUGUCUAUGUGAGGAUGUGAGGCUGUGCAAGUGUCUAUGUGAGGAUGUGAGGAUGUGCAAGUGUCUAUGUGAGGAUGUGAGAUGUGAGGCUGUGCAAGUGUGCAAGUGUCUAUGUGAGGAUGUGAGUCUGUGCAAGUGUCUAUGUGAGGAUGUGAGUCUGUGCAAGUGUCUAUGUGAGGAUGUGAGGCUAUGCAAGUGUCUAUGUGAGAAUGUGAGUCUGUGCAAGCGUCUAUGUGAGGAUGUAAGUCUGUGCAAGUGUCUAUGUGAGGAUGUGAGUCUGUGCAAGUGUCUAUGUGAGGAUGUGAGUCUGUGCAAGUGUCUAUGUGAGGAUGUGAGUCUGUGCAAGUGUCUAUGUGAGGAUGUAAGUCUGUGCAAGUGUCUAUGUGAGGAUGUGUGUCUGUGCAAGUGUCUAUGUGAGGAUGUAAGUCUGUGCAAGUGUCUAUGUGAAGAUGUGAGGCUGUGCAAGUGUCUAUGUGAGGAUGUGAGUCUGUGCAAGUGUCUAUGUGAGAAUGUGAGUCUGUGCAAGUGUCUAUGUGAGGAUGUAAGUCUGUGCAAGUGUCUAUGUGAGUAUGUGAGUCUGUGCAAGUGUCUAUGUGAAGAUGUGAGGCUGUGCAAGUGUCUAUGUGUGGAUGUGAGGCUGUGCAAGUGUCUAUGUGAGGAUGUGAGGCUGUGCAAGUGUCUAUGUGAGGAUGUGAGUCUGUGCAAGUGUCUAUGUGAGGAUGUGAGUCUGUGCAAGUGUCUAUGUGAGGAUGUGAGUCUGUGCAAGUGUCUAUGUGAGGAUGUAAGUCUGUGCAAGUGUCUAUGUGAGGAUGUGAGUCUGUGCAAGUGUCUAUGUGAGGAUGUAAGUCUGUGCAAGUGUCUAUGUGAAGAUGUGAGGCUGUGCAAGUGUGCAAGUGUCUAUGUGAGGAUGUGA